AUGGCCGUCACGGAAGAAGUCUCUCGCGAGAAGGCGGGCAGCGCCUCGCUCAACGGCUCCCACGACAAUGGACGCGACAUCGCGGCCGCCGAGGGCCAGCAGUACCUGGACGACGAGGCCGUCCCUGUGUGCCCGCCCAACACGACGGAGCGCAAGCUGCUCACGCGCAUCGACUUGCACGUCAUGCCCUUCCUCUGUGUCAUGUACCUCCUCGCGUUCCUCGAUCGCGUCAACAUCUCCAACGCCGACAUCUUCGACCUUUCCAAGGACCUGAACCUCGGCACGGACGGCUACAAGUUCAACACGGCUCUGGUCAUCUUUUUCGUUCCGUACUGCGUCUUCGAAAUUCCGUCCAACAUCCUCCUGAAAAAGUUCCGCCCCCAUGUCUGGCUCUCCAUCAACAUGUUCCUCUUUGGCUUCACCACCAUGAUGCAGGGGCUUGUUCAAAGUUACAGCGGACUGUUGGCCACCCGCUUCUUCCUGGGUCUGUUUGAGACGGGCAUGUUCCCCGGCGCCUUCUAUCUCAUUGGCAUGUGGUACCGCCGUCACGAGGCCCAGAAGCGGUAUUCGUUCUUUUUCAACAGCACCACCCUGGCCGGUGCCUUUGGUGGUCUGUUGGCUGCUGCCAUUGGCAAGAUGAGCGGACUGCGCGGCUACAGCGGCUGGCGCUGGAUUUUCCUCAUCGAGGGCGGCCUGACCGUGUUUGUCAGCUUCUUCUUCUUCUUCCUGUUGCCGGACUUCCCGGAGGACGUCAAGUGGCUCAGUAAGGACGAGAAGGACUUCGUUGCCGCCCGCCUCCGUCUCGACCAGGGUCAAUCCGCCCGCGAGCGCAAGAUCACGCUCAAAGAUGUUGGCAACGUGUUCAAGGACUACAAGGUCAUUGUUGGUGGCUUCAUGUACCUGGGCCUGAUCGUCCCUGCCUACGGCUAUGCCUACUUCUCGCCAUUCAUCAUCCAGGGCUAUGGGUACACCAGAAUUCAGACCCAGCUUCACAGCGUGCCGCCGUGGGCUGCGUCUUUUGGUUUCUCCAUGCUCAUCGCCUUCUUCUCCGACAGGAUCAAGCAUCGCUUCAGCUUUGCCGUCUUUGCCACCUGCGUGGCCAUCACGGGCUUUUCCAUCCUGAUUGCUGUCGACAACAACCGGGACCUCCAAUACGCGGCACUUUUCCUCAUCGCCAUGGGUGCCUACACCGCCAUGCCCAUUAUUGUCUGUUGGUUCAACAUGAACCUGGGUGGACAUCACCGACGUGCCGUUGGCAGCGCGUGGCAGGUCGGCUUCGGAAACCUCGGUGGCAUCAUCGCCGUGUACAUUUACCAGAAGAAGGAUGGGCCCCGAUUCGUCCGCGGACUGAGCGUGUCCCUCGGCUUCACUUGCCUCUCGAUUGUGGCAUGUUGCGUGUACGGCUUUGCCUGCUGGAAGGCCAACAAGGAUCGCAAUAAGAAGAUCGGUGCCGAGCAGGAGCUCACGCGGGAGCAGAAGACGGAACUCGGUGACAUGUCUCCGGACUACCGAUAUCUGCUGUAA